GCGCUGUUUAUCAAAAUGGCUGCGCCCUCACCAGUGUGAAGUACUGAGUGUGAUUGACUUGGAGUUAGUGUCAUGACUGUAGAGAAUGAGACAAGGGAGAGGAAACCCAGCGUCUGUUUAAGAAAAUGGCUGUGAGGGAAUUUAUCAAGAAGCAAAGUGAACUACUGGCUCUUGAGAGAGAAGCAGAAAUAGCCGAAACAAGUGCGCUAGCAGAAAAUGUACCCCUGAAGGAAUUACAGCGGCGUGGUGUUUGCUUGCUGAAGCUUCAUCCAGCCAGCCAAUCCACAGGACUUUAUGGGAGGACAUUAGUUACCUUCGCACCCAGAAAAGGCCAUGGUGAUGGCACACUGCCGACGCAUAACAUCAGUUCAGGAGACAUUGUCGGUGUAAGCCCCUCCCAUGGGGGCGGGGCUUCCUCUACUGAGGAUCCAUCUGGCAUUGUUUCGAGAGUCACACAGUCGUCAAUCACCGUCGCAUUCGAUCACAAAGACACAGAGGGACCUGUUACCUUCGAGUACGAGGGACUGUACAGGUUGACUAAACUCGCCAACGAUGUCACGUACCGAAGGUUAAAAAGGUCCCUUUCAGAUCUUGAUGCCUGCUCCUCGAGCCAGGCUCAUCAUCUGGUCGAUGUUUUGUUUGGGGAAGCGGAUGUCAGUCCUCCAUCCCUGCCUCUACCCCAGCCUCGGCAACCAGCAGAGUCGGCCGAGCUGCAAUUUUUCAAUGAAAAUCUAGACCGGUCCCAGCGGGAGGCCGUGACAUUUGCCCUCGGCCAGCGAGAUGUCGCCAUCAUCCACGGACCCCCUGGCACGGGGAAGACGACAACCAUCGUGGAGAUUAUCAGACAGGCUGUCAAGCAAAAACUAAAGGUGUUGGCUUGUGCACCGUCCAACGUCGCCGUAGACAAUCUAGUGGAGAGACUGGCCGCUGGCAAGGUGCACAUUGUCCGCCUUGGCCACCCCGCAAGGCUCUUGCACUCCAUCCAGAGAUACGCCCUGGACGCCAUCUUGGCAUCCAGCGAAGAGGCAGGGAUCGUCCGUGACGUAAGGAAGGAGAUUGAUCAGACCAGGACCCUGCUAUCCAAGACGAAGCAGGCCGGUGAGAAACGCCGUCUGAGAGACGAGGCCCGGACCCUACGCAAGGAGCUCCGAGAACGGGAACAGCACGCCGUCCAAGAGAUCCUCCAGCGGGCAGAUGUUGUCCUGGCUACCAACACCGGGGCCUCGCCUACGGGGCCCCUGAGUCACCUCCCCAGGGAGCAUUUUGACCUGGCGGUCGUGGACGAGUGUGCCCAGGCCCUGGAAGCCGGUUGCUGGAUACCCCUCCUGUUGGCACCGCGCUGCGUCCUCGCCGGAGACCACCAGCAGCUGCCACCCACGAUUCUCUCAGACAGAGCAGCAGCAGAUGGACUCGCAGUGUCUCUCAUGGAGCGUGCCGUCAAGCUCCAUGACGACAAGAUCACCCGCAUGCUGACUACCCAGUACCGCAUGAACAGCGCCAUCAUGCGGUGGAGCUCCGACGCGCUGUAUGACGGAAAGCUAGCAGCAGAUGAGUCAGUUGCAAGACACCUCCUGAAAGAUCUUCCCGGGGUGGAGCAGAACGAGGACACGUCCUUGCCGCUGUUGCUCAUCGACACGGCUGGCUGCGGCCUAGAGGAACUGGACCUGGAAUCGGAGGUGUCCAAAGGCAACGAAGGGGAGGCAGAUCUGGUGGCUGUCCACAUCGAGCGGCUCCUGGACAGCGGGGUACCGGCUUGGGAGAUUGCCGUGAUUGCACCCUACAACUUGCAGGUGGAGCUCCUUCGACUGCGACUCAGCGGAAGGCACCCUGACCUAGAGAUCAAGUCAGUUGAUGGCUUCCAAGGACGAGAGAAGGAAGCUGUGGUGAUCUCCCUCGUGCGAUCCAACAGCAAAGGGGAGGUUGGAUUCUUGGCUGAGGAUCGCCGCAUCAACGUGGCAGUCACGCGAGCCCGCCGCCACGUCGCGGUCAUCUGCGAUUCAGACACCAUCCGCCAUCAUGGCUUCCUGAAGAACCUAGUGGAGUACAUGGAAGCCAACGGAGAAGUCAGGAGUGCUUUCCAGUAUCAGGAUGAAAUUGACUUGAGCAGCAGUGAUGCCCCCAGGCCAGAUUAUCUGAAGUUCCGUCAGAGCAAACCAUCCAUCAAGAAGGACAAGGGGGCUAAACCCAAGCAGCCCCGCCCAAAAGAGAAGCGUCACCACACCUCCGAUACCAAGACAAGGUCAUUUGAUCCAGAAGUCUCUGCAAAGCGAGAGGCUGAACUGACAGCGCAAGUCCAAAGUUUUGCCAAGGAUCGAACCGCAGAUCGGCUGGCAUUUCCUCCUACUCUGAACUCUCAUGACCGCUUGGUUGUUCAUCAGGCUGCUGAACAAUUGGGUCUCUACCAUUCCAGCAUAGGGGAGGGUCGAGAUCGACACAUCAUCAUCAGCAGCCAGCCAAUCAGGACUGAUGUAGCCGAGUCAAAAAGUAGCUCCCAUGGCUCUGAUGGAAAAGAUUCAACUGAUUCAGUGGAGGAAAAACUAGCCAAUGUACAUGUUGAUGCUGUCCUCGAAGAAUUGAGGACAGAAAACCUGAUGGACGUCAUCAUUGGUGCUGACCAUGAUGGAACAGAUGUGCUAUCCCUUGAUGCCGAGGGAAACGUUGAAAAGGAAAAUACCGAUCUAGUCAAUGUCAGAGACGGUGCAAUCAAGGAUAUAAAUUGUCAAGGGGAGGCGAGCUUUGCUCAGAAAGCGCGACCCCCAAAACAAGAGACCAAGUCUUCCGAGGAGGCGACUGAUCUUCACAAAUGCAAAUUCUGCAAAAAGAAACUGCCGCCGGGGAGUGUGCUCCUUCACGAGAUCCACUGCGAGAAAAAGAUGGAGGAGAAGCGACGUCUCCAGGAGGUCUCGAAAACCAAGAAGAAGACGGACAAGUCCAAGCAGCGCAACGCCCUGGAGCACACCACAGAGGAAGACUUUGACAAGCUGAUCGCCUUGGCGGUGGAGUCGGACAACCGCUGCAACUUUGUCCGGUGCGCCGAGAGGAUCGCGCUGACGGGCGUGCGGUGCGCCUUCUGCAACCGGCGCUACUGCUUCGGCCACGCCAUGCCCGAGGUGCACGGCUGCGGGGAGAUGGCCCGGGCCCACGCCCGGAAGGUUGUGCACCGGGAGAAGGAGGUGUGGGCUGGGUCUGGGACACGGGAGAGGAAGGUGGACCCCACCCGCCGGGCCCAGCUAGAGAGGAAGCUGGAGAAGAAGCGGGGCGAGAUGGAGGAGAAGAGAACCAGGAAAUCAGCCAAGAAGAAAUGAAUAUAGAGUGCCAAGGACUCGUCGCUAGACUAGUACUGCAUCCUUGUGAUGUGAUGCCCCUGAACUCCAGAUUUUCUAUCCCGUCAAACUUUGGUAGAAGGCCCGAACCGUGGCCGCACAGACCCACACUGAGCUGGAACAGGUUUAUCAAACCCACAAGCAGUAUUCUGGCUUCAUUCUGAUCUUUGCCUGCCAGACUUCUGUAUUUGGCAAACUUACAUAAUGGCUUUCCAUGAUGCCGUUGUGGCCUAAAAUUGUCAAUUUUUGAAAACCUGCAUUGUCUUAAAUUUUGUGAACAUUUAUGACAUUAUUUGCAAUUGUCAUUUCGUUUCAUACUGGGGCUGUCUAUUCACAGACAGGUAGUUUGCCACCACUACAUCAGGACAGUUUUAUAAUCGAGAAGUUGUAUCUUUCCAACCCCUUCCCUUUUAACACUUUUUCCCCAAAUUCUGUAGCAUUCUUAGAUACUCCAGGGGCAAGAUUCCCGUCAGGGUUACGACACAGCACCAAAAAUGACGCCUCGUGUUAUGUUCACAGAACCAUUUGCUUAGCCCAGUCACCCGUGACCCGUAUCACCCGGAUCCAAUAAAUUUGGAGGAGGGGGGGUGAGUUGACCAACAAAAUACCCUUCAACCUUCACUUCAAGAAAAAGACAAGUACAACAUUAAUAAAAUGUCUUAUUGUCUUGCAUUAUGCUGUCUCCCAAAACAUUUUAAUUAUGCAAAAGGGUGAACUGUAUACAUAACGACAUGAACUACACACACAUUUAUUUACAAAAAUCGAUACCAACUGAGAAAAGACAUACAUUAUAACCCAGUUCUGAAAUGGUCACCCUUCCCAGUACAUGAAGUUCGUUCUAAAACAGGCACAAAUGCCAUGUUAAGAAUUUGUGAUCUGGUUGAUUUCACCUAAAUUUCUAUUUGAUGCUGACAGCCACACAUUUCUUGGAUGUGCCAACCUAACUUCAAGUUUUGUGUGUUCGCAGACCUUAAAUGCACUUAUUUACACGCCUUUUUGUCAUGUCUGUGCUGUCCCUAAGGUCAACAACAAGGAUCUCAUAUCAAUUACUUGCAGGACAGUAAGUGCGGAGUGUCAACGACUAUGUAUCGUAAAAGAGCAUCUUCUAGGUACGGCACGCACGGUGGUUGGCUGCAUUUUAAAACUCCUUGUUUUUUUUCCAUAAUGACUUCAACAGGAAUGGCUGGUGUUGUUGACUGAACAUUAAAAUUGUUUGGGGUUUGAGGCUUUCUCCAUACAACAGAACACAACC